UGCAUAAAAGAAUCUAUUUAAGUUUAUAGCCGCUGUAAAGAUAGUCAGCACUAUAUUUUAGAGGUCUGGCAACUCGGUCGUCAGCUGUUUGAAAACUUCAAAGUUUAUUUCUGAGAGAGAAAUUGUAAAAAUUAAUUUAGCCAAGAAAGUAGACACAAAUCGAAAGCCGCAAUCUAUGAGCCUGAUUUGCCGGCAACUCGGCGUGUCCUUGAGAGCCAUCACCUGCAUAACCCACCCACUUGUAUGGCCAGAAAAGGCAAAAAAACUCAGGGAAAACAAGCGAUUUUACACCGGCAAUAAGAUGGACUCCAAAGAUCUUAAGUACCUUAAUCAAAAGGAGGCCAUCGACGUGGACCAGGAGCUCUUCACGGAGUACAAGUUCAGUGUGGACCAGUUGAUGGAACUGGCCGGCUUGAGCUGUGCCCACGCGGUGGCCAAGUGUUUUGCCGCCGUGAAGCAUCCCCGGAUCCUGGUCUGCUGUGGUCCCGGCAACAAUGGAGGCGACGGACUGGUGGCCGCCAGACACCUCUCCCUGAUGGGCUACACACCCACCAUCUACUAUCCGAAGCCCACGCCCAAGCCGCUCUUCGAGAGCCUCAGCCACCAGUGCCGCCUGAUGGAGAUCCCCAGUGUGGCGGAGUGUCCGUCGGUGGCCAGUGCAUCCUGCAGCUACGAUCUCAUACUGGACGCCCUCUUUGGAUUCAGCUUCAAGCCACCGGUUCGAGCGGAUUUCGCCGCCGUCGUGGAGCUGUUGCAGCAGACCAAACUACCGAUUGCCAGUGUGGACAUCCCCAGCGGUUGGGACGUGGAGAAGGGAAAAGUGGGUGAAUGCGAUGUGGAACCGUCUCUUCUCAUUUCCCUGACUGCUCCGAAGCUCUGUGCCCGUCAAUUCCGUGGCGAACAUCACUAUUUGGGCGGCAGAUUCGUACCGCCCGCCCUGCAGCGCAAAUACGAACUCAAUCUACCCGUAUAUCCGGGCAACGAACUGUGCGUCAAGCUGUGAUUUAUACAUUUAUACAAUGCAUUGCAAUGGCCAAAUAAAUAAUGGAUUCUUAAACGAA